AUGGCCUUCUCAGUCAUCCGACCGUUUCAAUAUGUCGCCAUUCAACUGCCUUCCGACAACAUCAAAGUCGAACAAAUAUUGCCCAAUACUGUGAUCAACCUGGGAAAAUAUGGAUCCUUCCGCACCAACCAAAUCAUCGGUCGUCCAUACCACUUGACUUUUGAAAUCCUUGAUCGAUCCGAUGUGCAAGAUGGCAAGGAGCUGAGAAUUGUCUCUGCUGCUGAACUACAUGCAGCCGCUCUAGUCGAGCAAGCUGACAGCGAGGAGGCCUCUACACCCCGGGCGGAUGGUGAUGAUUCGGGAGCCUCGCCCACGCCCAAAUCCAACGUCAACACCCAUGAUGAUCCCACGAUUCAGAAGCUCACCAUGCUCGAGAUUGAAGCGUUAAAACAAGAUGACAUGGGCAGCGGUAGAGAACUCAUCCAGAAGAUCAUGCAGUCCCACACUGCUCUCGACCAAAAGACGGCCUUCUCCCUCGCCAAAUACACACUACGCAAGCAGAAAAAGCACAUGAAACGAUUUACGGUCCUGCCUUUCGACGUGCCAGCGUUGACGGAUUGGAUCCUAGCCGAUCGAGAUUUGGCAAAGACCCUGGAAUUGCGGAAUGAGAUAAUAGCUCUGGUCGGCUGUUGGGCCAAUGUCCACGCUGCCGGGCAGGACUCUCCUCUACUGUCCGAAAUGGGCCCAUCAUCACGCUAUCUGGUUGUGGAUGACACUGGUGGACUGAUAGUCUCGGCGAUGGCGGAAAGAAUGGGCAUUCUCCAUCAAACAAAUCUUGAAGGAGAUUCAGCGGAACAUGAAGAUGAAGAGGUCGACGGAGAAGCGGAUCAACCUCAAGCCGUAUUCCCUCACAAACCAAAGCGCCAACAGUAUCGUCUUUCGGCCAUGAGCGCCAAGUCAAAUUCCAUCACCUUAAUACAUGCCAACCAACAGCCGAACCUGGCCCUACUCCGAUAUUUCAAUUUCGACGCCAACAACCCGACGCCCUCACAUCCGCUAUACACGAAUCUGAAGACCCUGUCCUGGCUCCAACUUGUGGACCCGGCAUCUGACACCACCUAUCGGGAACCGGCCGUGAUCCCGGCCGAAGAGCUGGCCAAAAUAAAAUCCAAUAAGCGGAGCGCCUACUAUCGGAAGAGACGGCGGUGGGAACGCAUCAAAUCGAUCGUGGAUGAGACGAGGGCUGGCGGCUUCAAUGGGCUAGUUGUGGCAAGCUUUUCGGACCCGAUCUCAAUAUUGCGACAUCUCGUCCCCUUACUGGCUGGUGGGAGUCAGGUGGUGGUUUACUCGCCGAACAUCGAGCCGCUUGUCCAGCUGGCCGACUAUUACUUUCCGGCUCGAAGAACGGCAUUUAUCAAUACUCCGGAGGACCGGAGGUGUGUUCCUUCGGAAGACUUCCCCGUCGAUCCGACUCUGCUUCUCCCGCCCAUCGUGCAAACGGCACGAGUGAGGAAGUGGCAAGUCCUCCCCGGUCGGACUCAUCCCUUGAUGACUGGGAAAGGUGGCGCCGAAGGGUACAUUUUUGUGGGAACGAGAGUAUUGCCUGCAGAAGGGAAGGUUGAGGGUAGAGGGAGGCCGCCUCGGGGCAAGAAGACAAAGACUGAAGAAAAGGAGAGUUUGGUGGGGCCUGACCAUGGUGACCAUGCGCCAGAAUCACCGCUCAAAAAGCAGAAGAUCGCGACACAAUCAACUCUGGAUGACAACCCCGAGGUUGAAAUCGGAAAAGAAAAUUGA